CAUUUCCUAACUUAUGUUUUUACAUUUGUAUAAUUGUAUUUCUUUUAUUUACAAAUCUUGCAAAUACUCCAAAUAUGCAGUUUUUUAUUCUAUUGAUAUUGCGCAUUGUCAGGAUAAUUUCAUAACAAGAAUAUCAAAAUUCUAACAAAAUCAUGGAAGAUAAAACUUUUGUUUGGACAUCAGAUCUUAUCACACGGUUAUUGGAAUUACGAUUUAUUAAUGAUUGCUUAUUUAAAAAAAAGAAACAACCCUGGAGGGAAUUCCGCAAAAUACUAUUGGAUAAUGGUUUUCCAGAGGAAAUGACAGUAAGUCAUGUUAGGAAAAAAUGGUCCUACUGUUAUGAUAUGUACAAACUUGCCAAGAGAACAAAAAGCAGUAGUUGGACUUACUUCAACAUGUUUGACAAACAUUUUGCUAAAAGUAAAAUGUUGGAUAAGUAUGAAAGUUGGAGUGAUGAAUGGAGAUUAAGGUUAAUUAAGUGUAUGUCGGAAGCAAAGGAAAUGAAACUAGAAUUCCUGAAAAUGUGGAGAACUGUGGAGAGUGCAAUGAGAAGUCAAGAUUUGCCUAAUGAUUGUUGUGUACAGGAUUUGAAGGGAUUGUGGCAACAUAUUAGAACAACUUUUAAUAGAAAACAUCGGUUGAAAAUAAAAAAAGGUGCCGCAUUAACGGACUGGCCUCUCUACGACGCUAUGAUAAAAUAUUAUGAAGUCUAUGAACCUGGUUACCUCCACAAUUUAGAGACCGAAAUAGCUAACAAUUAUAUGUCGAGAAAAAGGAACAAGGGCAAAUACUGCAAAAAGAAAAGAGACACGGACAGAAAUGAUAAUGAAAGUGACGAGUUUCAAUGGUCAAGACAUAUAACGGAGGCAUUUAUACAAGUUCGUUUGCAAAAUGACUGGAUAUUUAAGCAAAGGAAAUGGGGGUGGAACGACCUACGCGCUAUUAUGAUUGAUGAAUAUGGAUUCCCAGAAACGUUAACAAGCAGGGAAAUUUCAAGGAAAUGGGCGUCAACAUUUGCAGAAUACCAAAAAUCCAAAGCUACAAAUAACAAAGCGUGGGUAUACUACAGUCUGUUUGAACUUUACUUAGGGGAUAGAAUUCUCAGUCUAAAUCCAGUAAUUGGUUGGCAAGAGGAAUGGGUCUUCAAUUUAAUAAGUGCAAGAAGUGACUUAGAACAUCUGUUCAAAUUCUCAAGAGAUCCACACCACGGGUGGAGGGAAGUCGAGAAAAGACUGCGUAAUAUCGGGUUACCAUUGGAUCAUAGUUUACUAGAGUUAUCUGAAAUCUGGACGUAUCUUUUAAAAACAUUCAAGUGGAAACGGAAAUUCCUAAACAAAGGCAUUCUAAACGAGCAAUGGCCAUACUACGAUGCAAUCGCUCGGUACGUAGAAACUGAGCAUCGCCAGCCGCUGAGGAAACAUACGCAGGAAGAACAGGAGCAGGAGCAGGAGCCUGACGAGGACACAGCGAAUGAUGACGACCUCGAGGACGACAUCAAGCUGAUGGACCUGAAGCAAAUGUUACAGGCGAGGCCCAAGUACGAGGCUGUGGAUCUGAACCAGUGUCGUACGUGCUACAGCGAACAUGGCAAUAUUGAUAUCUUCGAGGAACGCGCCGACGGCGACCCAAACCUCGCUGAUAAGUUAAAGCUCGUCAGUGGAGUCGAAGUGGAGAAAUCCGAUAAUAUGCCGUCACAGAUCUGUUUCAACUGUUUACGAGAUCUCGAUGUUGCAUACAAAUUUAGACGGAAAUGUCAAGAAAUCGAUAAACAAUUACGUUGUACAGGUAUGCGGGAAAUUAAAUUAGAAAAAAAAGACGAGGACGCGAAACACAAUGUGGAUAGCACAAAAAACGAGCCAGAAAGAACGGAUUCUGACGAUAUGGACGCACAUUACGAUGACUCAGAACCUGUUGAAAAUAUAACAAGGGAAGUUCAAUCUCCAGUAAAGAUAGAAACACAAGAUGUUGUACAGAAAAGGAGGAAAGUGCGUAAAGAAAAGUACGAUUAUUGGAAGAUUUGCGAGGUUUGUGGUAAGCAUACCAGGAACUUGGUUAGUCACUUGGACAUGCAUGUGUCGGGGAAACGCUACUCCUGUAAUCUAUGUGAUAAGAAGUUUAAAUUCAAAAGCGGUUUGGUUAUACACAAGGCGAUCCACGACCCCACGCCGCGGAAGACUUGCGAGGUUUGCGGGAAAACAUUUCAUAUUUUAGCGCAGUACAGGAGGCACUUUGUGUACCACGCAAACGAAAGGAAGUACGAGUGUGAGACUUGUGGGAAACGGUUCAACACGAUGGACAUAUUGAAAGUACACAACAGAAUGCACACAGACGAAAGACCGUUCAGUUGCCAGGAGUGUGGUAAGACGUUCAGGACUGCCGGCUGUGUGAGUAGACAUAAGAAAAUUGUACAUAAGAAUAUUAAAGUUAAAUGA